AGUCUUGCGAGCAAAGUUGACACACAUUUAUAAGCAUAGCCGACGAGAGUAUUUUAAGAUAGGUUGUAGUACAGCAAACAUUUGUUACAUAUGUACUAGUCUAGCUAUAUAUCUAGCACCAAUGGAUCGUUUUGUAGUGAGGAAAGUGCCAGAGGGACAGGCUGCCAUGACAGAGGGUCAGGCUGCCACGACAGAGGGACAGGCCGCCACGAUAGGGCAAGGACAGGCUUCCGAAGCGUCAACUUCGCAAAAAAGACGAAAAAGAAAAUACAAUGAGGAAUAUGUUAAAUAUGGAUUCACAGUGACGACAGACAGAGCAGGAGAGGAGGUACCACUGUGUUUCGUAUGUUCAACAAUUCUCUGUAAUGAAGCUAUGAAGCCGUCGAAACUUACGCGGCAUAUGGAGACGCAUCACGUCCACUUGAAGGCCAAACCCGUUGAGUACAUGCAACAGAUGUUGCGUGAUUUCAAAGGACAGCAGGCUACCAUGAGGAAGAGUGCAAAAAUAAAUGAAAACGCACUGAAAGCAUCGUAUCUGGUCGCUCUCAGGGUUGCAAAAAGUAAGAAGCCCCAUACCAUUGCAGAGCAGCUUAUAUUGCCAGCAGCCAUAGAUAUGUGCAGAGCUAUGGUAAGCGAAGAAUGUGCCAACAAAUUAAAAACUAUUCCGUUGUCAGACAACACAAUCGGAAGACGAAUUGGGGAAAUGGCAAAUGAUGUCAAAGACCAGCUGAUGGCAAAACUUCAGACAGUUCUGUUUUCCCUUCAAAUCGACGAGACGACAGAUGUUACUAAUGAUGCGCAACUGUUAACAUUUGUGCGAUACGAGGACAGUGGCACUAUGUGCGAGGAAUUUCUUUUUUGCAAACCACUGCCCGGGCGAACUACCGGUGUAGAAAUAUUUAAAGCACUGGACGAUUUUUUCACGGAGCACAAUAUCUCGUGGCAGAGGUGCGUUGCAUUAUGCAGCGAUGGGGCCCGAGCCAUGAGUGGCAGCAAGACUGGACUGUUUGCGCAUGUAAGGAGGGUGGCUCCGGGGGUAAUUUGGACACACUGCCUGAUUCAUAGAGAGGCUCUCGCCUCCAAAGAUCUCAGUGUUGAGCUCAGUGGUGUGUUUGAUGUCGUUGUCAAGACGGUCAACUUCAUAAAACGAAACGCAUUGAAUACACGCCUGUUUUCAUCCCUAUGCCAUGACUUGGGAAGUGAACACAGCUCUCUCCUUUAUCAUUCAGAGGUGCGUUGGCUGUCUCGCGGCGCUGUGCUCGCCCGUGUGUUUGAACUACGCGGAGCUAUCUACGAGUUCUUGUGCGAGAAGCAUUCUGAUCUGGCUUCCAAUUUCAACGAUAGUUACUGGUUAACUAAGCUGGCGUACCUCACAGAUGUUUUUGCAGAGCUGAACAAGUUGAACAGCUCCAUGCAAGGGAGAGAUGCAAACGUCAUGCAGCUCUACGAGAAGCUCGACGCAUUUGUGAAAAAAAUGUCAAAGUGGAUCGAACGAGUGGAGAGCAAUAACUUGGCGAUGUUUCCUUCAGUUGAGGAAUACCCUGACAGCACUGACAUCAACGACACUAUAUGUGAGCAUUUGAGGAAGCUUGUGCGUCAAUUCGCAAAGUACUUCACUGAUUCGGAAGAGUGGCGCCGUGACAGCAAGUGGAUCCUGCUCCCAUUCAGUGACGAUGCAUCAGUAGGGUCAAGUCUGACGGCUGUGGAAGAGGAUAAGCUGAUUGAGAUGUCCACAGACUCUGUCAGGAGGCAUAUGUACGACACACAGCCCCUUGUUAAAUUCUGGAUAAGUUGCCAGACAGAAUUUCCACAGCUUGCUGCAAAAGCAAUGAGGUGUCUUUUGCCCUUUCCAACCACAUACCUGUGUGAGAGUGGUUUUUCUACACUGGCGUACUUAAAGAAUAAGUACAGGGCUAGGCUUGAUCCAGAGAAUGACAUGAGACUGUCUCUGUCUACCAUUUCGCCACGAAUAGACAGGCUGUGUGGACUUCACCACGCCCAGAUAUCACACUGACAGCAGGUGAUUGGUGACAGGUCUGUCCUGGCUGGGUUAUAAAAGCCCUGACCAGCCAGCAGUUGAGGCUGCCUUGGUCUUCAUUUGUUGGAUUUUGGUUCUCCGGUGUUGUUGGAUUUUUGUUCUCCGUUGUUGUUUUGUCACACACCUAGACUGACUUUGCAUGACAUUUUUAGUUACUUUUCCCAAUACUGAAUUGCACAACACUUUAUUAUUCUUUAUUCUUUCUUUAAAAUAAUCUUUAAUUUAAUUUAAUUUAAUAAAUCUACUUUUAUUAUUAUAAAAUCUGCGUGGCCUCUCUUUCAUGUUUCAUGCAUUGAGCUAUGCAUGUAACACCAAAUACACACGCGCACGCGCAGGCACAUCAGUGGGCCGCGGAUUGCUUUCUAGUCCGAAUGGUGGUCCCUGGGACAAAACCAGUUGAAAACCCCUG